AUGCAGAGUCAAGCAUUAGGCAAGAACGCUCAUACGCUAGGUGUAUUGCCAUCGAUUCUUAUCCUAGUGUCUGCAUUUGGAAUCGGAGCGGCAUCAGUAUAUUUGGCUUUCGAUAGCUUGUUGUCUGACGAAAUGACGUUAGGCGAUGUAAAAGCGCUUCAUACGGGAUUGUCUAAUGCGGAUGAUGCAGCGCUCGUGUUAUGCUACAUAACAGUCUACAUAUUUCUUCAGUCGUUCGCGAUACCCGGGAGUGUUAUGCUUAGUGUACUGGGGGGAACAUUGUGGGGAACUUUGAAGGCAUUGGCAUUAGUUGGUUUUUGCUCAGCAACGGGUGCAACCAUUUGUUAUUUCCUAUCAUACUAUUUGGGACAAUCAGUCACCAGAGUAUACCUUGCAGAGAGGAUGAAACAAUGGAAUGAACAGUUGGAAAAUCAUAAACAGCAUCUCUUUUCCUACAUAGUCUUUCUGAGAGUGACACCAUUCCUUCCAAACUGGUUUAUCAAUAUUGCCUCUCCUCACAUGAAUGUCGGCAUUAACACAUUCUAUUGGGCUACAUUUUUUGGGGUCAUGCCUCUAUCAUUUAUUCAUGUUCAGGCCGGAGAGACAAUACAUAGAAUAACAGAGACGGACAAUUUCACUUUCUUAACUCCACAGAAUGUACUUACUAUGACAAUGAUAGCUGUCGCUGCACUCAUCCCGAUAAUUAUAAGAAGAAAAUUCGAGAAAAAGGAGAAAGCAGAAUGA